AUGGAUGCGCUCAGCCUUGACCAGGGUAAUAACACCACCUCGGCUGAGGGUCCCUUCGGGGCAGGCAGCAAUACUACUGACAUAACCGACGUGACUUUCAGCUACCAAGUGAUUACCUCCUUACUGCUCGGCACGCUCAUUUUCUGCGCGGUGCUGGGCAAUGCCUGCGUGGUGGCUGCCAUUGCCCUGGAGCGCUCCUUGCAAAAUGUGGCCAACUAUCUUAUCGGCUCUCUAGCCAUCACCGACCUCAUGGUGUCGGUGCUGGUGCUGCCCAUGGCCGCGCUCUACCAGGUGCUUAACAAGUGGACGCUGGGCCAGGUCACCUGUGACCUGUUCAUCGCGCUCGAUGUGCUUUGCUGCACCUCAUCCAUCCUGCACCUGUGCGCCAUCGCGCUGGACAGGUACUGGGCCAUCACUGACCCCAUAGACUAUGUGAACAAGAGGACCCCCCGGCGUGCCGCCGCGCUCAUCUCUCUCACUUGGCUCAUUGGCUUUCUCAUCUCCAUUCCGCCCAUGCUGGGCUGGCGCACCCCAGAAGACCGCUCGGACCCCGACGCGUGCACCAUCAGCAAGGACCACGGCUACACUAUUUACUCCACCUUUGGCGCUUUCUACAUCCCGCUGCUGCUCAUGUUGGUCCUCUAUGGGCGCAUCUUCCGAGCUGCGCGCUUCCGCAUCCGCAAGACAGUUAAGAAGGCGGAAAAGAAGGGAGCCAACAGCAGCCGUGGCGCCUCCUUAAACCAGCCGCCUAAGAAGACUGAGAAUGGAGAACCUGGAAACAGGGACUGGAGGCGGGGCACGGAGAGCAAGGCAGGCGGUGCUCCGUGCGCAAACGGGGCCGUGAGGCAAGGUGACUAUGGCGCCGCCCUGGAGGUGAUCGAGGUGUACCGCGUGGGCAACUCCAAGGAGCACCUACCCCUGCCCUGCGAGACUGGUGUGGGCCCUAGUGAGCCCUCUUCCUUCGAGAAGAAGAACGAGCGCAACGCUGAAGCCAAGCGCAAGAUGGCCUUGGCUCGAGAAAGGAAGACUGUGAAAACCUUGGGCAUCAUCAUGGGCACUUUCAUCCUCUGUUGGCUGCCCUUCUUCAUCGUAGCCCUGGUCCUACCCUUUUGCGAGAGCAGCUGCCAUAUGCCAGCCCUGCUGGGAGCCAUCAUCAACUGGCUAGGCUACUCCAACUCUCUGCUCAAUCCUGUAAUCUACGCUUACUUCAACAAGGACUUUCAAAACGCCUUUAAGAAGAUUAUAAAGUGCAAAUUCUGCCGCUGA